AAACAUAGAAAAGUCGCAGACAAAGACUCGAAAGAAGUAGACGUGUUAAAAACAGUAUUUUUUCAUUGGUUCGCUAUCUGAAACGCAAAUUUGUUUUUUUUGCAACUAUUUUUUUUUGUUCAAAAUUUAUUGAUUUACAAAAAGAAAAUAAAAUUAGUUUUAAUUUCGCAAAGAAUUGAAAAACGAUUUCUGCAAAUAUGGCAGAUAAUGAAGCACAUUUGGUCGCGGGUCGCGCUGCAGCAGAAGAUGAUGAGCCACAAUUGGUUGCCGGACGAAAGCCUGCAGUCAAGGUUGGUGGAAUGAGAGUUGUUCAACACAAGCCGCCAUCGAAUAAGGAAGCUCCACCGGCGGACUUGGAAGAUUGCACUGGUUUGACGCAACCACCAAACAUCAAUACGGAAUUGGUUAGCGGUGCCCCGGUAAAAGGCAAUGCUGAUUUUACGGUGCAAGCGACACAAGUUGCUCACGCACCAAAAGCGCCAAACAGCAUGGCAAACAGCAAACAUCAAAUUCAUCACAUCAAUCAACCACGCAAAUAGAUGCAUACACUGCCUCCUCGGAUAUAAAACACAAUCUUCAACGUUGAUGGUUAUAGCACAUUUUUUAUUGUCUGAGUGUUUGUUUAUAUAUUUUUGUCAUUUAUAAAAUGACUUAUUUAUAAAAUGGACACUCAAUUUUUUUGAGUAUAAAUUCUCAACGGAAAAUGUGAUUUAUUGGAUUCCUCUCUUUCCCCCCCAUGUGCGGAAGAGCACAAUGGAAUAUUAUUUUUAAACGAAUGAAUUACAAUAAAUUUCUUUAUUGUGUAUAACAAAAUAAACUCUUUUAUUGAAUUAA